AUGAAGACCCGUGUACGAACAGCCACCGAUCUACCUUUGAGUGAUCUUAAAUCACCUUUCCAACCUAAACCUGGUGAAGGCUCCGAUAUAACGCUCGACCAAAUCUACACCGAUUUGAUUAUUCAUGACGGCAGGUCUAAAUUAACGGACUCGUUGAAUGGAGACAGAGAGAUAUGGCAGGAACAUUACUCUAAAGCCAAUGCAAUAUUACGACCAAAACGGCCAGCAGAUAUUUUUGAUGCCAACAAACGGAACAUUCUUGCUGUCGGUCAUCCUGGAACUGGAAAAACUAUGUUUUGUACAAAGAUUCUUCGCGAUUGGGCCUCCGAUAACUUGUUCAGUGAAGGAGAAAACCCACAAUUGGAUUUCCAAGUCGCUUUCCUCGUUAAGCUGAGGAUGUUGAAACUCGUAGCUGAUCAAGAACUCAAUCUUCGAGAACUGCUGGAUCGUUCAGAAUAUUCAGCAGCCCUUUCCGAUGAGAAUGAAGUUUGGGACUACAUUCGUCAAAAUCCAAAUAAAGUCCUUGUGAUUUUUGAUGGAUUUGAUGAAUAUUCUGGCAGAACUAAAAUUGAUAACGAUGACAUUUUGUACAGAAACCCGCGGGAAGAAGACAGAAUGCCUCUUCAUUUCCUGCUCAAGAACAUAUUAUCUGGAAAAAUUCUCGCUGGUGCCACAGUGUUAACGACCACAAGACCCAACGCCCUGUCAUGUUUUGCAAGUCUUUGCUUUCACAGAACAGUUGAAAUUUUGGGAUUUACAACUGAUCAAGUGGAAGAGUACGUGGAAAAGUUCACAAACGGCGGAGACAAAGCAGAAACCAUAAAGGAACACAUCAGGAGUAACCUCAUCCUCCGAUCUUUCUGCUACAUUCCCGUGAAUUGUUUCAUCAUUUGCUCGUGCUUGCUAAAGUUGCUCAUUGACAACUCUGCUGACCACCUUGGCUGCCUCCCGACAAAGCUAACAGAAAUAUACUCUGUUGCUAUCAAGAUCUUUUACUUCUGUUAUGACGAUGACCGAUACCGCCACCAUAAAGACAAAGGUAGAGACUUUUACCUUAAACCAUUUAAGGAAUUGCCUGAAGCUGUGACCAGGGUGUUUAGCAGGCUAGGAGAAAUUGCUUUUAAUGGAAUUCAACAUGGAAGACUUGUUUUUGAAUCACAGGAAGUCAACGACCUAGAGACGAAUGGCUUGUUCCAGCGUUUACCUGAUACUAGCAGUGGUUUAAAAGAGGGAAAAGCCCAGUAUUGUUUUCUUCAUGUGACUGUGCAGGAGUUUUUUGCAGCAAAGUAUUUGGUGGACACCAUGAGUCACGAAGAACUGAAGACAUUUGUUUCAGAUCACAUUAAGGAAGGAUCGUGGAAAGUUGUGAUGCAGUUUGUGUCUGGACUGCUGGAACAAGAGAAACAGUCAACUGAUAUUUUCAGCGGCCUUCUUCCAUUAUCAUCUGUUACCAGAGAAACUACAAGUCUCGAAAUCAGGAGAGAAGAGUUAGAGGCACGAACUGAAACAUUGACCUGUUGGCCAGCUCAGGAAGACAAAGAACUAGUGUUGACUUUAUUCAACUGCAUGUAUGAGAACAAUUCAUCCAGUUUAGAAGUUCAAAGGAGAAUGGCCCAAAUUGAUUGCAAUGAGCUGGAUUUUAGUUUUUGUGGCUUGUCACCUCGUGAUUGUUUAACAUUAGUGGAUGCACUUCAAUCUAGUGGUAAGAACAUUGUGCACUUAAAUUUAAUGUCUAACAAUUUUGCUGAACCGGGUUGUAUAGAAAUUUCCAAAUUGUUUGAUCAGGGUUUUUGCAACCUAGAACGCUUAAACCUCGCUGGUAACAACAUUACGGAUGAGGGUCUUAAGUACUUGACUACAGCACUCAUAAACAAUAAUUGCAAGCUAAACAGCUUAGGUCUCAAAGGUAACGGGAUAACUGAUAAAGGUGUAGAGCACUUGACUACAGCACUCACAAACAAUAAUUGCAAACUAAACGGCUUAACCCUCACAUGGAACAGGAUAACUGAUAAAGGUGUAGAGCACUUGACUACAGCACUCAUAAACACUAAUUGCAUAUUACGUAGCGUAAACCUCGGUGGCAACGAUUUAACUGAUGAUGCUGUAAAACAAUUGACGGCAGCACUCAAAACCACUAAUUGCAAACUAAACAGAUUAGGCCUUGAUUGGAAUAGAAUAACUGAUAAAGGUGUAGAACACUUGACUACAGCACUGAUAAACACCAAUUGCAAACUAAGUAGCUUAAACCUGACUGGCAACUUAUUAACUGAUGAAGCUGUAAAACACUUGAUGGAAGCACUCAAAAACACUAAUUACAAACUAAGCAGAUUAGGCCUCGGAUGGAACAACGGGAUAACUGAUGAAGCUCUAAAACACUGGACUACAGAAACAAAAGUAACACUUAUUCCAGACUAA